AUGGGCAGGUUGUAUGCCUCCGGCUGCCAAAACUACACAUCCUCCGUUAAAGAGGAAUGUCUUGUUUUGGCCAGAAUAGGCAGCUUUGCCGGCUGCCAGCUAUUUUGCACUUUACUUGUCCUCUACAACGGUUUGAACCGGUACUUAUUCUCGUCCUCCCGCCUCAGCAAAUUCUACGGACCGAAAUACUCGAACCGUAGUCCUCGGGACCAGCGACAUCUGCGUCUCAUCCACGUCGGCCUUUUAAUGAGCUCCAUGGCAGCUCCCUCCAUAGCGAUCCCCAUUUCCAUGGUGCUAUGGGGGGAAUACACGUGGUUGGAUUCCUUUGGGACCGGCAUAACACUCGCAGAUAUGGCAAUUGUACCUGUAGUUGCGUUCCCCGCGUGGGCUGUGUUCGAUUUGAUUUAUUCCGAGAAAUUGCCGCCGCUCUACAUUAUGCAUCACCUUGGGAUAGUUCUAGCCAUGGAAGGAACUGCGGCGAUGAUAAUGAACCUCCCUACCAACGACGAAUCUCGAGUCAUAUAUAUAAGUCAGGCAUUGCAGGUCACGGCCACUUGGGGUAAGCAUUGGCUAAGUAAACCUUCGGUUAUAGCUUUAGUAACAUAUGUUCCAGUUCUACUUUCCAGCAUUGGUGAUACAGUCUCCAGGAUUCCCUAUCUCGUUCGCAAUCUCUUCUCCUGGUCACCCAGAGCGCUCCAAAACCUCCUUUCUGCUGGGCUCACUAUUUUUGCGUCUAUUACUUUUCUGGAGGCGGCCAUCGUUGCGCACCUCCUACUCACUAGGUGCAACCGGCUACCAACGCAUUGGGCACUGCCGAUUUAUUUACUCCAGGCUUUGUUUACGGUUACAAAAUACCGAACCGCAAUGCAACUUUUCAACAUAUGGCAAAAGCAGAAUGCUGACAAUAGGAAAGUUGAAGGGAUACCGAAGAUGUAA